AUGGAGGAUAGAGAACGUGAUCAGUCCUAUUGUCUUCAAUUAGACACAGAAAUUGCUGCACAACGUGAGCCAGCCAAGCAACUCCCUGAAGGUGUUCGCUAUGUGGCUGAUACACGACGACAAUCCAUCAACCCUACCCAAACACACAAUACGGAUACCGAAGCCACACGAGGCAAUGUGCGAAGUCGUGGCUACCUACCUAUCGAGAAUUAUGGCAUGAUUGGCAAUAUGCGUACAGUGGCAUUGUGCGGCACCGAUGGCUCGAUUGAUUUUUGCUGUUACCCGAAAUUCGACAGCCCUUCGAUCUUUUGCCGGCUUUUAGACAAGAACAAAGGUGGUCAUUUUUCGCUGCGGCCCAAAACGCAUACCAGCAACAAGCAACAAUAUCUUCCUAAUGGCAACAUUCUCACCACGCGGUUUCUUUCGGAUGAUGGCGUGGCUCAAAUAACUGAUUACAUGCAUUUACCAGAGACAUCUCAGCGUACUUCUACCAAACCCUUAUUGCCAUGGAUCAUUCGCACGGUCGAAGUGAUUCGUGGUACCGUUUCUUUUGAUCUCGAGUUGUAUCCAGCUUUCAAUUAUGCCAUGGAUAAGCACACCACUGACAUUGAAAAGCGGAGCGCCCAUGAAGAGGAAGCAUUACGAUUGUAUCCAGAAGAUGAGAUCCCCUACUAUGUGGGUGCUGAACGUUUUGUCUUUCGCUCUAAAAACUUGACCAUGGAUUUUCGUUACCUCACAAAAUGCGGUGAUUAUGAAUGUCCCCUUAUCCACAUUCGCAAAGACGACGAUCCUGAGCUCACAGGCCCUGGUAUCAAGGGUGAAUUUCAACUUCAAGAGACACAACAAGUUACUUUUGUGCUAAGACAAGAACCACCUUGUCGAAAGGUUCCCGAAAAUGAGACCUACAUUGCAGCCAAAGAACGUGUUGCCCAAGAUCCACCCCUUACUGUCAGCUUGAUUGAUGCCCUCUUUCGCCAAACAGCCAACUAUUGGCAAAAAUGGAUCAGUGGCAGUAGCUAUCGUGGACGUUGGAGAGAACAUGUCAUGCGAAGUGCUCUCACUCUCAAGAUGUUGACCUAUGAACCGACAGGAGCGGUAGUCGCUGCACCCACAUUCAGUCUUCCUGAAGCCAUUGGUGGUUCGCGUAAUUGGGAUUAUCGAUUUGUAUGGAUACGAGAUGCAUCUUUUACCAUUUAUGCAUUUUUGCGACUGGGUCUCACUGAGGAAGCCGAAAAGUACAUGAAUUACAUAGCUGACAGGUGCAAGGAUUUGAAUCCGGAUGGGUCAUUGAAUAUCAUGUAUAGUAUUGAUGGCGAAAAGUAUCUUGAAGAAAAAGAGCUUCAUCAUCUCGAUGGAUAUCAUGGAUCACGUCCUGUACGCGUAGGUAACGGUGCAUUUGACCACUUGCAAUUGGAUAUCUAUGGUGAACUGCUUGAUGGCAUUUAUUUGUUCAACAAGUACGGCCGACCCGUUUCUUAUGAUAUUUGGUGCUCUGUACGCAACUUGGUGAAUUAUGUGUGCGAUAACUAUGAUCGUCCGGACAUGUCUAUAUGGGAGGUCCGAGGAAAGACACAAAAUUUCACCUAUUCACGCGUCAUGUGUUGGGUUGCCAUUGAUAGAGGCAUUCGAUUGUCUGAAAAACGCAUGUUCCCAUGCCUUGAACGAGACCGUUGGCUCAAAACACGUGAUAUCAUUUACGAGGAGAUCAUGACCCAAUGCUGGAAUCCAAAGCUGGAGAUAUUUACGCAAAGCAUUGAAUCACCCGACGCAUUGGAUUCAAGUGUGCUCAUUAUGCCUCUUGUAUUUUUCGUGGCGCCCAAUGACCCUCGCAUGUUGUCAACCAUUAGACACAUCCUUUUGCCGCCAGAGAAAGGCGGUCUCACGGCCAACAAUCUUGUUUUCCGAUACAACUUCCUUACCACAGAUGAUGGGGUGGGUGGCCUAGAAGGUGCAUUUUCAAUGUGCACCUUUUGGCUUGUGGAGGCACUUGCAAGAGCAGGCAUGUAUGAUCGAAGGCUUUUACGUCGUGCUAUUGUCAUGUUUGAAGAGAUGGUGUCGUAUAGCAACCAUGUUGGUCUUUUCUCAGAGGAGAUUGCACGAUCAGGGGAAAUGCUUGGCAACACGCCCCAGGCAUUUUCUCAUCUAUCAUUUAUCAGCGCUGCUUUUAAUCUUGAUCGUGUGCUCGAAGAAACGCGUGCAUGA